AUGUCAAUUCAAAGGGGAAAAAUGGCUGAAGAACAAUUAUCACCAACCACAAGUAGAGUAGAUUUAAAUAAUCUAGCCAAGACAAAAGAUAAAGAUGGUAAUAUUGUUGAUCUAACAAAUUUAACGCCACAAGAAUUGAAACUUUUCAAAAUGUAUGGGAAAUUACCAUCCAAAAAGGAUUUAUUAAAACAUAAGAUGCAAGAAAGGAAAUAUUUUGAUAGUGGAGAUUAUGCACUACGUCAAGCUGGUGUCAUUAAAAAUAAUGACGUGAUAAGUAACUCUAAUAAUAAUUUACCCGUCACUGAUCCAAGUCGUCUUAGAGAAUCUAUAAUAAGAAGGAGAUUAAGUAAUAGUUCUCCAAAUAAUAGUAAUAGUGAUAAUAACUCCAUUGAAAGAAAGGGUAGUAUAUCAAGUGGUCCUCCACUUUCUAAAUCAAAAUCUCCAAUUAGAUAA